ACAUUGGACAUGUCUCACCCUCUUGCUUGUCCCAUCUGCCUGGACUUCCUGGACAGACCUGUGACUGUGCCCUGUGGACACAGCUACUGUAUGCAGUGUGUGCUCCGGCACUGGAAUACAGAGGGGGACCGAGAGGGAGCACAAGAGGGGCCCUGCUGUCCCCAGUGCAGGCAGAGGUUUGACCCCCGACCCCGAUUGGCUCUGAACACUGUGCUGGCUGAGCUCUCAGACAGAGAGAGAGAGAAUGAAGGGAGAAGAGGAGGGAGAGAGAAGAAACUGAGAGGAGGAGCAGGGAGAGAGAGGGAGGAGAGAAGAGGAGAGGACAUGAGAACCACCUUAGACGUGUGGACACUAGAGGAGAGGACACACCAGGGAACAGUCUCUGAAGACCACAGGUGUGAGCGUGAGGAGGUCCUUCAAAGAGAGGUCCUCACAGCUUUGCAGACCACAGAGCAGCUCCUCCAACAUCUCCUUUGCCUGAUAGAACCAACUUCCUCUAAGCUACAGCCAGGGACCCAGCCGCAACCUGCAGGACCCACAGAGCCCCAACACGGACCUCCAGGACAGACCCAGCCCCAACAGGGUCCUUUAGAACAGACCAAGCCCCAAGGACCUUCAGGACAGACCCAGCCAGGGACCAUUAGCCAGCUCCAGCAGGAACAUCCAGGGUGGACACAAUCAGGGACUAAUACCCAGCCCCAACAGGGACCUCUUGGACAGCCACACCUGGACAACCUACACAGAUCCUACACCAACCAUCUGAACUACAAACAGUCCUUAACCUCUUUAUACCCCCCAGGAUUCCUCACAAACAUCUCAUCUGCUCUCUCUGAAUUCCAGCAGAAGCUUCAAUCGUAUAUUAGUGACGAAUGGACAUCUCUUCCACAGCCAGUACCAACUCCCCUUCCACGCACCAGAGAGGAACUGCUACAAUACUCACGUUCCAUAUGUCUGGACUCCAACACAGCUAACCCCAGAGUGCGCCUCUCCCAGGGGAAUACGCGGGCCAUCCUAUCGCGGGACAACCAGAACUAUGGUCAGCACUGGGGCAGGUUCACAGACUUUGCCCAGGUCCUGAGUGAGGAGAACCUGAGUGGAAAGAGUUAUGUGGAAGUGGAGUGGUCUGGCUGGGGGUUCUACCUGGCACUCGCCUCCAAGAGUGUCCCGCGGUCAGGAAAAGACAGCAGGUUUGGGUCAGGCGAUCGAUCGUGGGCGCUGCACUGUGAGAAGACUGGCUAUGAGCUGGUGCACAGAGGACUUGGCCAUUCUCUCUCAGGUCCUCGCUCCUCCAAAGUGGCUGUUUUCCUGGACCAGACCGCUGGUCAGCUGAGCUUCUACAGUCUGACCCCUCACCUACACCUGCUCCACACGACCAGCACAGGGCCCAUGCAGCACCUGGCUCUGGGGGUCCACCUCUACUCUGUGGGGGAUUAUGUGCACUUCUGUCAGCCUCAAUAAGGGACACAAGUUUCUUCAUGUUACAGUGAACUAGCCUCAGUGCUAGCUUCUCCUGUGACCACCCAGCUGGCACA